AUGGACGAGAUCCGAGUCAUUGACUUUGUUCGUAAAUUGGAGUCGAAGAAGGAAACGGAAGUUGUUGGUUUAGUUGAAGAUCUGUACAAAAAUUAUCAGUCUAUUUAUGAUCAAUAUGGUCAUCUACGUGAUGAAGCGGAAAGAAUUGUUAAAUCUGAAAAGGAAAACGAGGAGGAUAAGGAAGAUGUUUGUUCUUCAUCUUUAAGCUCUAGUUCCGACUCUGAUUCGGAGUACUUUUCGUCGGAGGAAGUAAAUAUCACUAGCAGUGUUCAUAAUUUACAGAAUGAACAGUCGAGUAACUGGUUUGUUCAAAUUCAAACUGAGGAACUCGAAAAGCAAAUUGUUCAGAAGAAUGAAGCUUUGGCUAAGGUUGAUUUUCUGCAUCGGGAACUAGAUAGUGUACGAACACAGAAACGGGAAAUGGAAAAUAGGAAGAACAAGGAGAUAUCUGAGAAUAUGGCUUUGAUAGGAAAUUUGAAAGAAGAAUUGGUCGAAAAGAUUGGAGUUGAAAAGAAGAUGCUGGAAGAGAAAGAGAGAGUUCUUGCUCGGAGUAAGGAUCUGGAAAUGGAAAUAGACACUCUGCAUUACCGAAGAAGGGAAAUAGAAGAACAGAAUAUUCGGAUGAGAUCAGAAAAUCAGUGGCUGAACACUAAAAUUUCUGAACUGGAGAUGGCAUUGACGAGUAAAGAGACAGAAGCUUCUUCUCAGACGGUCGCGUUAAUGGAGCAAGUCAAGAAUCUGAAACAUACAAUAAAUGGAUUGCAGACGGAAAAAACCAAAUUAGGGCAAGAAAUGGAGCAAUAUAAACAAGAAGUUUCUCACCGAUUUUCGGAAAUGGAGGAGGAAAACAAGAAAUUGAGAACCAAAAUUGUCGACCAGGAAACAAUCCUAAAGGAAAAAGAGGAAACGAUAAUUAAAUUCAACGAGAAAUACAAGAAAGCGAAGAGUUGCUUACCUGAUGUCGCCUCGAGCCUGAUAAACACAGAGAGGAAGAUGGAAGAAUUAGCAGAGGAUCUUCGUUGCGGCCUGGAAGAUAAAAUCCGUUUAUUGUCGCAAAGGAUUCUCGUUGCGGAGCAACUACACAACGAAAGCAGAGAAAAUUUCAGAGUGAAAAACAAAAGACAUGAGCAAGAGAAGAGACAUUUCGAACAAAAAAUCGAAAAACACGAAGAGGAACUGAUGAAACUCAGUAAUGUGAACGAAUUCGGAAUGGACAGAGUAGCAAGAAGAUUCGAAGAAGAGAGCUCUAUUUAUGAUCAAUAUGGUCAUCUACGUGAUGAAGCGGAAAGAAUUGUUAAAUCUGAAAAGGAAAACGAGGAGGAUAAGGAAGAUGUUUGUUCUUCAUCUUUAAGCUCUAGUUCCGACUCUGAUUCGGAGUACUUUUCGUCGGAGGAAGUAAAUAUCACUAGCAGUGUUCAUAAUUUACAGAAUGAACAGUCGAGUAACUGGUUUGUUCAAAUUCAAACUGAGGAACUCGAAAAGCAAAUUGUUCAGAAGAAUGAAGCUUUGGCUAAGGUUGAUUUUCUGCAUCGGGAAUUAGAUAGUGUACGAACCCAGAAACGGGAAAUGGAAAAUAGGAAGAACAAGGAGAUAUCUGAGAAUAUGGUUUUGAUAGGAAAUUUGAAAGAAGAAUUGGUCGAAAAGAUUGGAGUUGAAAAGAAGAUGCUGGAAGAGAAAGAGAGAAUGGAAGAAAAAGAAGAACAAGAGUUCCUGUUAAGAGAGAAACUAUGGAAUCUAGAGGCGAAAAUAAGCAAAGAGGGAGGAGAGAAACUGAAUCUGAUCAGAACCCUCGGACAAUUCGAGAAGAAGAUGACAAAAAUGGAGAACUUAGUAAAGGAGAAAGAUGAAGAAGUGUUCCGACUUGCAGAAGAGAAGAGAGAAGUGAUUCGACAAUUAUGCGUUGUGAUCGAUCACUAUCGAAGCCAGUCUGAUCAUCUCAAGGACGCCAUGCUCGGGAAGACGGUUAGAAACAGAAGAAUGAUUUGA